AUUUAACAAUACAUUAAGAAUGAAAUUUGGUCUUGUGGGCCUGGUGGCUCUACUCUCAUUACUGGGAGCAGUUUCGGCUAAUCGAACUUUCACAGUAGACUACGAUAAUGAUCAGUUCCUGAAAGAUGGAAAAUGCUUUCGAUUCAUUGCUGGUUCCUUCCACUACUUCCGUGCUCAUCCAGCCACAUGGCAGCGGCAUCUGAGGACCAUGAGAGCUGCAGGUCUCAAUGCAGUGACUACCUAUGUGGAAUGGUCAUUGCACAAUCCUCGAGAUGGUGUAUAUGUCUGGAGUGGAAUUGCAGAUCUGGAGCACUUUAUACGCCUGGCUGUGGGUGAGGAUCUGUUGGUAAUCCUCCGUCCGGGUCCUUACAUUUGUGCUGAGCGUGAUAUGGGAGGCUUUCCCUAUUGGUUGCUCAACAAGUACCCAGGAAUUCAACUCCGAACAGCAGAUGUCAACUAUCUCAGUGAGGUGCGCAUAUGGUAUGCCCAACUGUUUGCUAAGAUGUCCAAAUAUCUCUAUGGCAAUGGAGGACCUAUCAUCAUGGUUCAGGUGGAGAACGAAUAUGGUUCCUACUUUGCCUGCGAUCUUAACUACCGCAACUGGAUUCGCGAUGAGACCGAGAGUCAUGUCAAAGGUCAGGCAGUGCUCUUUACAAACGACGGACCCAGUGUGCUGAGAUGUGGUAAAAUCCAGGGUGUCCUGGCCACCAUGGACUUUGGAGCGACCAAUGAUCUCAAACCCGUUUGGGCCAAAUUACGAAGGUUCCAGCCAAAGGGUCCGCUGGUCAAUGCUGAAUACUAUCCCGGUUGGUUGACCCAUUGGACGGAACCGAUGGCCAAUGUUAGCACGAGAUCGAUUACCUCAACUUUUAUAAACAUGCUGGACAAUGGUGCCAGUGUCAACUUCUACAUGUUCUAUGGAGGCACCAAUUUCGGUUUUACGGCUGGCGCCAAUGAGAUUGGACCCGGAAACUAUAUGGCAGAUAUCACCAGCUAUGACUAUGAUGCACCCAUGACUGAGGCGGGGGAUCCCACGUCCAAGUACCUAGCUUUGCGUCGUAUUAUCGCUCGUUAUCUUCCACUGCCAGAUCAGCCUGUGCCCGGACCAGUUCCCAAGCGAUCCUACGGAACUGUAAGACUGAUCAGCUGCUGUAGUUUGCUUUCCCCGGAGGCUAGAGCACGUCUAUCCACUGGUUUUAUUCAGUCUAACAAACCAAAGAGUUUUGAGGCUUUGGGACAAUAUUCUGGGCUGGUGCUGUACGAGACCUGGUUGCCCAGCUUCCAGCGUGACCCGAGUAUCCUAAGUGUUUCUGGACUGGCAGAUCGAGGUUAUGUCUAUGUGGAUGGCGAAUUUGUGGGCAUUUUGGCCAGGGAAACGCCCGUAUUCGAAUUGCCAUUAAGUGCAAGUGCCGGAAGGAGAUUGCAGAUCAUUGUGGAGAACCAAGGUCGCCUCAACUACGGUCGUCAGCUCAAUGAUUUCAAGGGUAUCCUGCGGGAUGUUCGACUGGACAAACAGGUGCUGAGCAACUGGAACAUGACCCAGUUCCCACUGGAGUCGUACGAUAAUCUGGAACAGCUGAUCACCCAGUCAGAUGAGGCAGCCCGUCAAGGUUUCCAAAAGCUGAAGAACUUGCGGACCAUGCUGCGCAAAGGUCCUGCCAUCUACCAUGGUCAGUUGGACAUUAAAAGUCAAGCGGAUCUGGCAGACACCUAUCUGGACAUGUCCGGUUGGGGCAAGGGUAUUGUCUUUGUAAAUGGCGAGAAUCUUGGCAGAUAUUGGCCACUGGUUGGGCCACAAGUCACCCUGUAUGUUCCUGCGCCAGUACUCAAGGUGGGCUCAAAUCGUUUGGUAGUGGUGGAGUACCAGCAGACACCCACCUCACUGGAGCUGCACUUCCGGGACACGCCCAUCCUGAACGCAAGAACCGUUUAGGUACCGGAGUUAAGGACGUGCAUCCAUCGCCAUACAUCAUGCAUCAUUCGUUAAUGUAGAUCUAAAUGUAAAUUUAUGCGGUUUAAGUUCUUUGUGAGACAUUAAAGCGACUCCGAGACGGACGCGUCCUGUCUGCCUCGUUAUCCCUUUUGUAAAA